AAAAGAAAAAAAAAAAGGAGAGAAAUAAACCCUUCGGCCCGUCGCUCACAUCCUCCACCCCGUUCUAUUUUUCUCAAUUUCGGUAUUUCAAACUUUAUAGAUUAAAUACUUGAUGAUCACCGACCAGGUAAAUGCUUCGGAUCAGCUUCUUCGUUUGGUUUCCCAAAAAUGCUUUGAAGAUCUGUACAGUGAUGCUUUCAAUCUGAAUUAGAGAUGCCUCAUUGUAAUUACCAUUUGCAUUUGCAUUUUAAGAAUGCGCUCCAUAUGGUGAACUUUGCUUUACGGGUACUUCUCAUUUUCGCCCUCCAUGUUUUGCAGCAUGUAUGAACCGAGAUUUGGUGGCAUUGUUAUGAUGGGUCUGUUUGGGAACAAUAAUGAGCAGUUACCCGAAAGAAGAGCCAUUGUUUCUGGAUUUUUUAAAUCCUUCGGCAAAGCGGAAUAUGGAAGUAGGGCUGUCCGUCGAGGAAGAAGGCUUGGUCGAACUACCAGAAAAAGAUUCUCAUGUUUGUUUUUAACGCUUACAACUUCCUUCUUGUUGUAUUUGGCGGUCUUUGGCUUGAAAAUGAACUUUUAUGAUAAAACUGGAGAUAGCAUGUCAGUGUCAGAAGUACAAGGAGAACAUUUGGUAUCCAGAGACCAGAGACCACCAACUAGCAAGCAUCGUCGCAAGCAACAUUUCCCUUGUGAUGUUGAGUUUGCCGAGUCAGUUGCUUACCUUGUGGAGCCCGAGGGUUUCAUGAAUGUUACUAAGUUCUCCUUAGAGUUCAUAGAGCAUGAGGAAAAACCAUCUGAAACUUAUUUAUAUACGCCUAGAUUUGGAGGACAUCAAACCCUCGAGGAAAGGGAGAAAUCCUUUUAUGCAACAAAUCAAAAACUUCAUUGUGGUUUUAUUAAAGGACCACCAGGAUACCCAAGUACGGGAUUUGAUUUAGAUGAAAAGGACGAUGCAUACAUGAAAACAUGCAAGGUUGCUGUUUCCUCCUGCAUUUUUGGGAGCUCUGAUUUUCUGAGGCGGCCUACUAGCAAACAGAUCAGUGAGUAUUCCAAGAAGAAUGUUUGUUUUGUCAUGUUUGUGGAUGAGCAAACACUAUCAAAAUUGGCAGCUGAGGGAAAUAUUCCUGAUGAUAAGGGAUGCAUUGGACUGUGGAAGAUAGUUGUUGUGAGGAAUUUACCCUACGAAGAUAUGCGCAGAACCGGAAAGGUGCCUAAAUUUUUGUCACAUCGCCUUUUCCCUUCUGCUAGGUAUUCAAUAUGGCUAGACAGCAAAAUGCGUCUUCAGAUAGAUCCAAUGCUAAUUAUUGAAUAUUUUCUGUGGCGAAAAAAGUCGGAGUAUGCCAUUUCAAACCAUUACGACCGCCAUUGUGUCUGGGAGGAAGUACAGCAAAAUAAACGUCUGAAUAAGUACAAUCACACUGCCAUUGACGAACAGUUUGCUUUUUAUCAGUCUGAUGGCCUUGUGAAGUUUGACCCCUCUGAUGUCAAGAGCAGUCUUCCUAGUUUUGUUCCGGAAGGUUCCUUCAUCGUCCGGGCACAUACGCCAAUGUCGAAUUUAUUUUCAUGUCUUUGGUUCAAUGAAGUUGACCGCUUUACCUCACGUGAUCAGUUGAGCUUUGCAUACACUUACUUGAAACUCAGGAGAACAAACCAAGACACACCAUUCAACUUAAACAUGUUCAAGGACUGUGAACGGCGAUCACUAGCCAAACUUUUCCGUCAUAGAUUAUUGUCACCUCCAAAUAUUGAUCCUUGAAGCAAUCGAGAACACAGGUUGAUCAAAUAUUCUCUUCAAGGAGGAGGUUGCAAUAGUCGAACUUUAGGGUUGUAGGAGCGGAUAAGAAGCUCUCUAAACUUGCACAAUGCGGAAUAUAAUUUGCAUAAGCUUCACCCUCUGUCGAUUAUGCAAUUCAAAAAUACCUUCGAGUUGGCUCACGACUUCCGAACGCAGUUCGACCUUUGUUGCAACUUAUCUUUCGACCAUUCUACAAUCGCCUUCAACUGGUCAUUUGCAAAGUCCAUCGCAUUACUAUUAAUCUCCGCCAUUUCAAAUUGAUAUCCACUUCGCUUCCUCUUACUUCCUUUUGAAGAAUUUUCACCUUCAGUACUUCGACUAAUAUGUGUUCCAUGCAUCUCAUCCUGUGACAUGUCCAUUCCUUGACUAGACAUCGUGGGGAUGUUCAGAUCCUGUAAUUCACCAACAAGGACACUAUCAUUAAUAUGGUUUGGCACAUUAGACUUGAUGUUUGGAUAGGUUUGACUGUGCUCCCGUAGCUCUAUCCUUGUCAAAGACAUAUGCUAGAUCAUUAUGGUAUGGGAAUGACUUGUGUAGAUGCCCCUUUGCUGCAAAAUGACUCUGCACGA